AUGGAUUACUCCAACUAUGCUGGCCAUCAAUCCCAGCCCUACUCUUUGUACGGUCUUCCAACCCCCGACCAACAACCAGCGCCACACACCGAGGACGGUCUCCGCGAUCCAUUCUCUCUGCAGCAGCAAAAUACAUAUAAUCAAUACUUUCCCGGUUUCGAGGGCUCCUUGCGUCUAGACCCCUCAUCUUUUGUCCCGCCACAUUCGCCCCCGGAUUCCUUCACGAAGCAAUCCGUCUCUAGCAAUGAUCUUACCCAUACAAAGCCUGGACCUGCUUCCCUCGAUGGCGACGAUGGCCAAUUUGCGGAUGGUGGACUGGUGCGGAGUAGCAGUGAGGAGAAAGAUUCCAUGACACCGGCUCAAACGAAGCGCAAAGCGCAAAAUCGUGCAGCACAACGAGCCUUCCGCGAAAGAAAAGAACGACACGUCAAAGACCUCGAGGAAAAAGUUAAUUCCCUCGAAGAAGCAUCAACAUCCCUCCAAGCAGAUAACGAGCGUCUAAAGCGUGAACUCGCCAAAUUCGCAACUGAAAACGAAAUCCUCCGCGCAACAUCCGGCUCUUUAAAUGGUUCUCACCAUGCCGCACACAAUGUUGAUCAACCAACCGUUACCGGUCCCAUGAAAUACUCCCCAACGGACUUCUAUACAUCGCUCAUGCCUGAAGACGCGGGUUGGGGUCCUGUACCUGGUAGCUCCCCGUCCGCACCACCUGCUUCGCAUCGUAUCUCAGUUUGUCAGGUUACGGGUGAGAAGUUACUUGAUGCGGGUGCGACCUGGGAUUUUAUUCAAGGACAUGAGCUUUUUAAGAAGGGUCAGGUUGAUAUUGGGGAUGUUGCGGAGAGACUUAAGGGGUUAGCGCAAUGUAAUGGACAAGGACCGGCUUUUAAGGAAGGGGAGAUUAUGAGGGCUAUUAUGGCGAGUGUUGCGGAUCGAGAUGAGUUGAUCUGA